GCUGUGAAGAACUAAACAGUCUGUAAUAUCCUGCAAGAAAAAUAUAGGUUACUUACGGUAAAAUGAAAGGCUGCGUGUCUAAUUUGGCGAUAUUUUUCAUAAUAUUAAGAUUCUUACGAAUGAACACGUAGACGUACGGUUCGCGCUUGAUUUGCCAUAAGUUUAGUUUGUGUAACGGCCCUAACCAUCAUGUAUUCUACUCUCAACAUGUUGUAAGAGUUGUUAAGGUUUUCUGGGGACAUCGUUCUCUUCGUUGUACAGCAGCAUGUGACCAGUCUCACUGCGCAAUCGAAUAAAAUGUUAAUGUUUCAGAUAUCCUUCUGCUUACAAUGGAAACUCUGGAAACGGAUUUGGUAAAAUCCAGAGGAAGAGCAAGUAUCCACAGUGUAAAGCAGCGGCAUUUCAAUGCCAUAGAUUUUCGACCAGCACUGACUGAAGAUUUACUGCUCGCAUCCGAGACCCGUCUAAGUACUUGGACACCAGUUGUCAAUAAGCCAACGAAUCACCAGCUUUUUCAGGAAAGGACAACACUCAUACUACACUGGUUUGAUCUGUGGACUGAUAAUCAAAGAAAACUGUUUAUUCAUGAUAUACUAAGAAGAUGCUCCAGAUCCCAGCUUAAGUUCACCAGAGACUGGUUCAUGGAGGCUUUUCCCAGUACCAACAUGGACUUCACCAGUGUGUUGCCCCGCUUCCUGUCCCUUUAUAUCCUCUCCUUCCUGAACCCCCGUGAGCUCUGCAUCGUCGCCCAGGUUUGCUGGCACUGGAAGGUCCUUGCAGAGCAGGACUGUCAUUGGGCCCCAAAGUGCAUGAAGCAUGGCUGGUUUCUCCCCUACACCCCCACCGACCUGGAGUACGGAGCCUGGAAAAGGCACUAUAUAGUGUGUGUCUCCAGCCUGGACUACCUGACGCCCCGAGAGGCGGCAGACAUCUAUGGCACUUUAAAUGAUCCUGUGCGAGACAAGGAGGAGCCGGAGGAGAGACGGAAAGAGAGGUGGAUCAGACAGUGCAUCCGGGAAAAGGUGGCAGAGCACAAGAGAGGUACGCUGAUGUAUAGACACGCCUGGUUGAAUAGCAGCUGGUCAGCGGGGACAGCCAGUCCUAACAUCCGUAGGGAGAAGCUCUGGGCAAGUUUCAGUCAGCAGGACAUGAGAGCUGCUUUGGUGCUUUUAGGGGAGAAAAUCCGUUCACGGUCCAGCCUGUCGCUGCGAAGGGAUCAGGGAGGUUGGCUGUCCCCCACUGAGGGAUCCCUGCUGAUGAGCAGUCAUGUGGCCAGCUCCAUGCAAUCACUAUACAAAGGGUCUGCUAAGAGUUGCCGGACGCAAGGUGAAUCUCGCAUUCUGCCACGUCAGCCUCCCCUCCACUUGCUCCUGGUCUCCUCCAGGGUGCCAGCAUAUGAGCUGCUGCUGUCAGCUGCACGCUCUGCAGUGGUGCCUCUGCUGUACGACCACAGAGGGAGCACUCUGGAAGCUCUGCUCUUCAGGGUGGAGAGGUUGCUGCAGGGAGUGAUGGUUCAGAAUGUGGCAGUUCUGGCAGAAGGAGAUGCGGAGGAGCUUAACCUUUUACAAGGCUGCAGGGUGACGCAGGAGUCAGUGCUGCGGCCAGAUGUUAGGGAGUUCUGGGAGAGACUGGCUGGCUGGGUAGCAGCACCAGCAGAAGGAGCAAGUCUGUUCAUCUUCACCCCUCUAGCAGCUUCAGUGACAGGAACCGAGCUGAUGGUGAAGCUCUCCACUCUGACGGGCCUGAGAGUCUGCGCUCCCACUGGGCUGGCAACUGGGUCGUACCAACAGAUUCUAAGUGAGUGGUCAGGAGGGGCAGAGUUCCCCCCCAGGCUAUAUUUUGGUGAGGCCGAGCUGCUGAGUUGGGCGAGGCAAGCGGAGCGGUUGGAGGAGACCCUGGGGACCAUCAGGGUCCAGCUGGGGCCCCAGCUGAAAGCACUCGCACAGGAGAUAAGCGGUCGGGCGGUAGGCCACUUUCUGUGGGAUACAGUUAUCCCCUAUGAGUUCCAUGCCAAUUCAGAGGUGACCCAAGCUUUGACCGAGGGUCUGGCUGCACUGUCCAGAGAGCCCUGUGACAAUCCCCUGCAGUACCUUUCAUUGUUCUUGCAAAGAAGAUGCGAGGAGAUCUGUGCAGACAGGACCGAUAGCGUCAAAACACAAAGGGAUCAGACCGGCGCCCAGAAUCACAUUAGUCUGAUACCACAAGGUCUUCAUAGCAAUGCCAAUGGACAGGCCAUGGUGGCUGCUGAACUUCUCCACAGUGAGAAGGUCUACAUACGGUUGCUACAGGCCAUCGUCCGGGUAUACUAUGGCCCCCUCAAGGCUGCCCUUGACUCCAAUCGGGCCAUUCUCAGUUCCUCCAAACUCCUCACAAUCUUCUCCCCGAUCCUGGAAAUCUUGGAGGUCAACACCGUCUUCCUGGAGAAACUGACGGCAAGGCUGCCGGACCAGGGGUCAGUCCAGCAUGUGGGAGAUGUGUGCCUCAAGCUCUGUUCCAAGCUGAGGACCUACACCAACUUCUUCAACAAUUAUCCCACUGUCCUCCGGACCAUCGACAGGUGUAGGGUGAUGAUCCCUGCUUUCCGGGCCUUUCUGAGGAGACAUGACAGGACCCUGGCCACCAGCAUGCUGAGCCUUCAGGAGCUGCUACUGCUGCCCUCGUCUCGUAUUGAGGAGUACCUGACGCUGUUCCAGGCCUUCUUCCUGUACACAGCCCCGGAGCAUCCCGACUGGUUACACCUGAGCUCCGUGCUGGAAGUUCUGAGAAGCUACAGGGUGUUUCUCCGCAAGUUGAAACAGCAUGCAGAUGGAGACUCGAAGAUACUGGAGACUCAGAGGAUGAUUCAGAGCUGCCCAAGUCUCCGGGAGGGGAGCCGGCGCCUCAUCACGUUACAAGAGGCGGCUCUGCUGAGCAUCCCAGAUUGCGACAUCGCCAUUCCACUCAGGGUCUAUGAGCAGGUGGAUGAUCUGGGCCUCUUCUUGUUUAAUGAUGCGCUGGUUUUGACUCGGAGGAGUGUGGUCCACCUGCCCUUCCGGCACGGCUGUAAGACAUCACACACCUUCCUGGCCUCAGUGGCCCUACAUGUGCUGACCCUGCGUGACAUCACGGACACAAAAUAUGUGAAGAAUGCGUUUGUGCUGGAGAGCCCAAAGCGCCAGUGGGUCUGUGCCACAGAUACGGAGGAGGAGAAAGUCACCUGGUUCUCCGCCCUGCGCAGAGCCGUUGGCGUGGCCAGUGGUGAGAAAUAGAGACAAACCAAGCCCUGACAACCUGCAUCUAACUGCUACUCCAUUACUCAUACUGGAGAGAGAUAUUCUGCAUCAAGUACUAGCUGACUCAUCAUUUGUCUUAUGGGUGGGGGAGCAUCAGAUUGUUGGGAUAAUGCAGUCCAUCUGACUAGACUCAUUUGUUACAGCUUCUGCUUAAUAGACUGUACGGUACAUGGCAUCUAUUGCUAGAAUAUGACCUUGUAGAAUCCCAGUGAGCGCAGUUUAACGAAAUCAUGACUCUGGAGAUUCAGACGUGUUGAAACAACUGAAACGUUUAAUCCAGAUUAAAUAUAUGCCCAAUAAAAAGGAACUAGUACUAUUCUAUUGAGCAUGGAAAGAAAAGGUAAUUGUCAGAUUCAGAUUUGGAAUUUACAGCCCAUCUGUAACAAGCGUCUCAUAAUUCCAACAUAAAAGUUCACUAUUGGAUGAUUUUGUGCUUCAGUAAUAUUAACAUGGUAUCAGUGGGGAUAAAUCACACAUGUUCUUAUAAUGUAUAUCAGUCCUCUGGGACCCCCGGGUGGUUCAUAUUUUUGCUCCCCAUUAGCUCCUUGUAGCAAAAAUGUGGAUUGUCUGGCAGGGAGCAAAAAUGUGGACUGAUUGGAGGUCCCCCCAAGGACCAGUUUGAGAAAUACAGCGGUACACCAUAACUCUUCUCUGUAUCAAAAACAAGGGUUCAUAUUAAAUUUAAUCUCAUUCAUCUGUAUAAGCAGGGCCUUUUCCCACCUUGUCUGUUAGAAACUCCACCAUAAUUUUUGUUACUACAUGAACAUUCACAGUACAUUCUCAUGCUGUAUUUCUGAAUGUCCCCAUCAGGAACCUGAGAUAACAGUUACCACUCACGUCAUCAUACAUCCUGCUUUUGAAAAUUACACAAAAAUUAUACCAAAGUUCACAAAGGCUGCACCUUUUGGCAUCACAAUGAUUAAUAAA